AUGGAGCAGAGAGAAGCAGAACUUCUAGAGUUGCAAGAGAAGGCCAAAACAAGAAGACGGAAUUUGGCAAAGGAAGCUGUAAAGUCCCAGGCUAGUGUUCCAAGCGAAAGCAGCGGGAGUUCGGAUGAAUCAGAAAAGAAGGUUGAAAAAGAAGCUGAAAAGGCUGAGGAACACAAAGCCACCGAGAAGCCAGAAGAACCGAAGGAGCAAGCCGAAAAGGCAGAAGAGGCUAAGGAAGUGGAAAAGCCCGAAGAAUCGAAAGACUUAGAGACGAAAGUUAGAGAAGGUGGUGAAGAAUUCGAUAUUUCUCUAGCCGAGGCGUGCCGCGAGGCAUACCACAUGACCGAUAACGCUAUUGAAAGUUUACUUGAAGACGAGCGAAAGGAUGCCAUCAGAGCUGUGCUACAGGUCCUCGAGGGAGACAUUGAAGAGUUACCUCGAGGAUAUGGAAGUCAUUUAGAAAGGUUGGUUGACUCUUUCGAGCGAUGGAAUGUGGAGUUGAGAGAAACUUCCGAUUCUACAGAAUGCGAGCUCGAAGAGCAUAUAGAAAAGAGCGAUAGAGCAAAAGUCGCGAAAGAAGAUCUACUUGCCCGGAAGGCUGACGCCCAGCGGAGGAAGAUUGAAGCCGAACAGGACAUAGCCGCAGCUGAAAAGGAUAUCGAAGAGAAUAAAAAGAUCAUUGAAGACCUUGAGACAGAUGGGGCCAAGUUGAGAGAUGGACGCACUGCAGUAAGGGAGACACACCAAGUGGCAGGAAGAGCUCUCCAGAUGUUACAGGGCAUAGUAAAGAAACUUCGCGCAGCUACAAGCACAGAUGAUGAACUGCGAAAGAACUUGUUCCAGGAUGAAGGAAAGAAGGGUAGUGCGCAGCUACAAAUGUUGCGUAUGCUUAUGCGAAAGCGGAAAAGUGGAACGGAGACUCCACGAAAUGCUAAGACUCCAAAGAGCAUGCAGAGCGAGGAUGAAUGCAGGUCUCAGAGCCAAGGAAAGCGAGCUCGUGGAAGUGAUAGACCAAACGAGCUAGAAAACCCUCCAAAGACACCGAGGUUGCUACAGGCAAAGGCGAAGACAGCUCCGGACAUUCUCAAAGAAAAGGAUGUGCAGCCGGAAAAGAGAGACCGGAAGCGAGAACUCGAAAAUGUCCCGGAUAAGUGGCUGAAUAAGCCACGGAGCCACAGAGAGCACAAAGAAGGCUCGGGCUUUACCAUUACAGAUGACAACGGGAAGAAGCGUGUAGCUGCCGGCUGGGGCAGCCACACGAUACAAAAGUGUAGACUCAACACGUCUCGAAUCGAUCCGUCGACGCCCGAAAAGCCCACAAAGCCCGAAAGGACAAAUGUCAAGAGAGCGAAAGAAGCACAGCCGAUUGAUCUAGAAGAAGAGGAAAAGGAAAUGUUGCAGAAAGGUUCGGCAAGUGAAAGCAGCAAGCCGAACAUCUUUACCACACCGGAUGGAAAAGUCCGUCCGAACCCCAAGUGGGGCGAGGAGCGCCCACGUGUAGAGGAGAAGAAAAGGCCAAAGCCAAAGGAGAGCAAAGAGACAGAAAAGAAAGAGAAAAAGGAGCAUAAGGAAAUGAAACACAAGAAAGAAAAGAAGGAAAAGGACAGGCGAGCGGAGAGCCCGGAGAAAGGUUAUUCGGAAAAGGAUAUGGCGGACACAUCGUGA